AAUUUAAACAAAUGUUAGGUACUCCGUGUUUGUGGCAUGGAAAAACUAAAUAGAUUUAUCGAUUUCUGGGAAAGUUGCAAGCGUUGCUGCUGCUGCUGCUGCUGUUGCUGUGGCAAACAAUAAAUUGCCCAGAAAGAAAGUUUUACAAAUUAAAGAAAAAGAAGAAAAAAGUUGUAAACACAAUGGAAAACUUAAACUUUGCACGCACACCACAAUUUCUGCGCAAAGUUAUCUACGAAGCGCGCAGAUCAUUUAUACAUAGUGACGACAACGCCAGAGCAACAGGCCGCUGUUUGGAAGAAGAGGCAAUAACGCCACACGAGGAAAUGGAACUUGCCCACAGCAUGACGCUCAAUGAGGAGGCGCUCAAGCAGCUGCCGGAACACAAGCGUUCAGUCUUUGAGCUGGAAUGGCUGCGUUAUCUGGAAAAGUCGCUCCCGCAUCUGUCCAAGCAAGAGAUCAAGGCUGGCCAGAAGAAACUAGUGCAGCAGCUAACCGAGCGCAUACAGGGCGCUCGUAAUUCGCAGAGUCCAGGUCCGCCAAUGCGCAAGCUUAUUGCCAGUGCCUUGGCCACGCUGUUCUCUGUUGGCGAUACCUUCAUGCUUUUCGACACUGUGAACGCCUGCAAUGAUAUAUUGAAGAAUAAAGAUGAUUCGCCUAGUUACUUGCCUACCAAGCUGGCUGCAAUUUGUGUGCUUGGAUCCAUGUACGAGAAGUUGGGCCGCAUGAUGGGAAGGACCUAUGAGGAUACAGUGCAAAUACUCAUACGCACCUUACGCAAUGCGGAAUCACAGGCUCGCAUAGAGAUUAUGUGUACGCUGGAGAAAGUAAGUGCAGGCAUGGGCACAGCCAUAGCCAAUGUGCAUAAGGAUAUCUACAAAGCGGCCAAGCACUGUCUGCUGGAUCGUGUGAUGGCGGUGCGUGUGGCUGCCGCACGUUGCAUCCUCAAGAUGAUCUACAGUGCGCCGUUCUUAUACCAAACAGAGCUUGAGAGUCUGGCAACACUUUGCUUUCGUGCCUUUGAUGGCAGCAAUUAUGAAGUACGUUGUGCAGUUGCUCAAUUGCUAGGCACGCUGCUGGCCUACACACAACAGUUGGCGGAGGCGGCCAACAAUAAGAAGACAACGCAGGCUCAGGCACAGCAGGCGGCGUUGGCAUUGCAGGCAGCCAAGGGAGGAGCGCUGCGUCUAGUGUCGCUGGACGAGGCGCUGGGCAUUCUCAUGUCGGGAUUUCUACGCGGCGGUGCAAGCUUUCUGAAAGGCACAGGCGAGAUUAUCAAAGGUAGUUCAGGCGUAAAUCGUGAAGUGCGCGUGGGUGUGACCCACGCCUAUGUGGUUUUCGUCCAAUUCAUGGGCAGUGUUUGGCUGGAACGCCAAUUGGGUACAUUCUUGGCACAUGUUUUGGAUUUGGUGGCCAAUCCCAAGGCAGCAUGCUCGCAUGUGGAUGCUGUCUACUCGCGCAAGUGCAUCAAUUUUAUACUGCGUGCUACGAUUGGCAAAAUGCUGGGCGAGAAAGCACAAAGCGCUGCCUGCAAGGAGCUCAUACAACUGGUGGCCAAGCAAAUGAACUCCAUAGACUUUAAUCCCGAGAAUGCCAAGGAUUCGAAUCAGGAGACACUGUUUAGUCAACAUCUGUUGGUUUGCGCACUACAGGAGCUCAGCUCGCUUUUUAUAGGCCUGGGCACCACGGCACAAAAUCUACUCAGCGAUCAGUCGCUCAAUGCAAUUGAUGCCACCUGCGCUGUGUUGGUGCAUCCUUGUGCAGCCGCGCGCCUGGCCGCUGCCUGGUGUCUGCGCAGCAUUUGCAUAGCGGUACCCAGUCAGAUAACACCGCUCAUUGAACGCUUCAUAGAAGCCAUAGAGCAGAUGCGUUCCUCGCCAGAAGCCAUAGCGGGCUAUAGCUGCGCCUUAGCGGCCAUUUUGGGCAGUGCACGGCAUUCGCCUUUGGGCAUACCACAUACCAAGGGCAAGGUAGUAUUCAAUUGUGCCGAAGAGCUGCUGCGCUCUGCUUCCCAGAAUAGCCGCAUGUCGUUGCAUCGCACCCAGGCGGGCUGGCUGCUUAUAGGCGCCAUCAUGACGCUUGGCUCGCCUGUGGUUAAGGGUCUGCUGCCACGCAUGCUGCUGCUUUGGCGCAACAGCUUUCCCCGCUCCAACAAAGAACUCGAAUCGGAGAAGGCGCGUGGCGAUGCCUUCACCUGGCAAGUCACGUUGGAGGGACGCGCUGGCGCUUUGUCUGUUAUGCAUAGCUUUUUGCUUAACUGCCCCGAGCUCGUCAGCGAGGACAUCACGCGACGUCUGCUCACGCCCAUUGAGAGCGCUCUGGCCAUGCUGGUCAACUUGGCCACUGUGCUCAAGAGCUAUGGCACUCAACUGAAGGCACCUGCUGCCAUGGUGCGUUUGCGUUUAUUUGAAACGCUUACGCUGCUGCCGCCCACUGCCUUGGAGGCUUCCUAUACGCAUCUACUACGCAUGCUUGUCUCGGAGUUUACCUUGUCGGAUAACGCUGCCAACACCACCAACUCGCUCCUGCGCACGCUCUGUCAUGGCGAUGACUCUAUCAUCUUGGGGACUUGGCUGCAGGAGACCAAUCAUCGGACUAUUGAGGAUCAGAUGGAGCCAAAUCGCAAAGUCGAUGGCGAGCAUCUGCAGCCGAAUAGCGCUGCUGGCUCCGGUGCCUUGGAGCAUGAUCCCUGCUGUCUAUAUCGGCCCAAUUGGUCAGCCUACUCGAGUAACAGCAGCAACAACAACAAUAACAUCAACAGCAUACAGCUGAUGCACAAGGCUCAACAGUGCCCAGGGCCGCUGCCUCUUGGCGUGGCUGUCAUAGACAUGUCCGUCACGCUCUAUGGCACCAUAUUUCCCAAGGUGGCAAACAAACAUCGCUUGCAGAUGUUGGAUCAUUUCGCCGAGUGCAUAAAGCAGGCCAAGAGCAAUCGCCAGGAGGCAGUGCAAAUGAAUAUCUUUACAGCGUUGCUUUAUGCGUUGAAGCAUUUAACAGAUAGCAAGACUAGCUUGGGGCAGGAGGAUGUGAAGAAGAGCGCAACAAACUUAAUUGUCGCCUCGCUUACCAGUAGCAACUCUACCAUACGCUGUGCAGCAGGCGAGGCACUGGGACGACUAGCGCAAGUGGUAGGUGAUUCGCACUUUACGGCGGAGCUGGCGCAGAAUAGCUUUGACAAGCUUAAGUCAGCGAGGGAUGUGGUUACACGCACAGGACAUUCCCAUGCCUUGGGCUGUCUGCAUCGCUAUGUGGGUGGAAUGGGCUCCUCGCAGCAUUUGAACACAAGUGUGUCCAUAUUGUUGGCCUUGGCGCAGGACAGCGCUUCACCAGUUGUCCAAGUGUGGUCGCUCUAUGCGUUGGCCCAAAUAGCAGACUCUGGUGGUCCCAUGUUUCGUGAUUAUGUGGAGGCUACACUUACGCUGGCAUUGAAGCUGCUGUUGAGUGUGCCACAAGCGCAUGUGGAUGUCCAACAAUGCGUUGGUCGCGUAGUCAAUGCGCUUAUAACCACAGUGGGUCCGGAACUGCAAGGCAAUAAUCUAAGCAUGCGUCAAAGUUUUCUAUGCGCAGCGGCGCUGCUGCAGAUGCACGGUGAUCCUUUGGUGCAAGCAGAGGCUAUAGGUUGCCUGCAGCAGCUGCACUUAUUCGCCUGCAAAUCGCUGCAACUGGAGACGCUGGUGCCCACGCUGGUCAAGAUGUUGGGCAGCAACUAUUUUAUCUUGCGCAAGGCAGCGGUUGCUUGCUUGCGCCAAUUGGCGCACCGUGAAGCGAAGGAAGUGUGUGAAUUGGCCUUAAGCAUGAGCCCGGAGCAGUGUGCCGAGCUGAAUAUAACCGAGUAUGGCUUACCAGGCUUACUCUAUGCUAUGCUGGAUACAGAAACAGAUGCGGAGAUGCUGAGGAAUAUACACGAUACAUUGAACUCCAUGCUGCAAGUGCUGGCAGCGGAUAAUUUAAGCAAUUGGUUAAGCCUCUGCAAGAAAGUGUUGACGGUGGCGGUGGAAGGCGGCGGCGGCGUCUUGGCGGAAGAGUCAACAGUGGAAGUCAAGACAAAUGCGGAUCACCAGCAGUCUGCUGAGGAUGACGAUGACGAGGAGGAGGAAUAUGCAGAUGAUGUUACCGAGUAUCGCGCCGAAGAGGAUACUUCAACGCAUCCGGCGGUGCAGCCACGUUGGCCAACGCGCGUAUUUGCUGCACAAUGCGUGCGUCGCAUUAUUGCCAGUUGUGAGGCAGCCAAUCCCUUACACUUUGAUCUACUGCAAGCCAAGGAACAGCAGCUGAUUAAGUCACGCAGUGGCGACUAUCUCAUACUUCACUUGGCGGAGCUCAUACGGAUGUCAUUCAUGGCUGCAACUUCGGAUUCCGAUCAGCUACGUUUGGAAGGUCUACGCACACUGCAGGAGAUCAUAGAUCGCUUUGCCAAUGUGCCAGAGCCUGAAUUCCCAGGACAUUUGCUGCUGGAGCAGUUUCAAGCACAAGUGGGCGCUGCUUUGCGUCCAGCUUUUGCUCCAGAUACGCCCUCGCAUGUUACCGCUGCCGCUUGUGAGGUGUGCUCUGCCUGGAUAGGCUCUGGUGUAGCGAGGGACAUCAGCGACUUGCGCCGCGUGCAUCAGUUACUAGUGAGUGCACUCAGCAAACUUUAUACGCAAAGCAACAGCACUCAGCUGUAUAACGAAUCCAUGGCAACGCUGGAGAAGCUGAGCAUUCUCAAAGCCUGGGCGGAGGUUUACAUUGUGGCCAUGCUGGGCAAUGGCAAAGCGCCAGCUUCGCUGCUGAAUCUCACCUCAAGUCGAGAUGCAACCGCCACGCAGCUAGUAACAGGCAUUGAGGCAACCCUGGAUAAUCGAGGCGAGAGCUUGUUGUGUCUAGUGCAGCCAGAGCUGCACAAUUUAAGCGCACACUGGCUGGCCGCCAUGAAGGAUCAUGCGCUGCUGCUGCUGCCCGCAGAAUUUCAAUCCCAGCUGCCACGGGAUGGCGGCAGCUUCUACACCACGGACACUAUUAACUCGGCCAAGCCACAUUAUCUCAACAGUUGGCCGCCUAUAUUAUAUGCUGCCGCCUUGUGGCUACGCGAUGAAGGCUUCGCUAGAGAUCUACAGAGCAGCUCACCCGAGUCUAACAAUAAUCAGAUCACACAUGGCUCAUUGUCUGCAGAUCGUUUUCAUAUGAUCUUUGGCAUUUGUAUGGAAGCUUUAUGCAGCAUGCGCAGCUCGGAUAAGCCCAGAAAUAUUGUGACCUGCUUGCGUGCGCUGCACAGCAUCUUUGACUCGGAUUGGGCGCGCCGGCAAUUGAUCAAAGAUCGCGCCUUGACUAUUGAGCUUUGUCAUGUUCUACAUCGCCAAAUACUAACGCGCGAUGAACUUUUGGUGCAGCUGCUUUGUGUGGAGAUCUUAAAGCAAACUAUACGAGCCACUUGCGAGGAUUUGGAGCGUCAGCGUGAGGCUACAGAUAAUGCCAAUGAGUUGGAGCUGGGUGAAGGCAGCGUAAUGCAACCUGGAACCUCCCAUGUCUAUGCUGUGCUCGAAGUCUGUCUUUGCCUCUUUGUGCGCCAGAUACCCACUCUCAAUCCCAGCAAGCAAAGUGCUUUGCAGCUGGACUAUGCCUAUGCCAAGCACUCGUCCAGCUUCUUCUCGGUGCUUGCUGACGACAAUGCUUUGCUUGUGGCAAGCGGCUUGCAGUGCGUUGAGCAGCUACUGGAGCUGUGCACGCCAAGCGGUGCACUCAACAUACUGCCCACCAUUCUCUAUAUGACCACCAGCAUUAUUCGCGAAAUUGCCAACAAGUCUGCUAUUGAUAGCAGCAUUCUGGCUAACACUAGCGCUGUGCAGGCGGCGCUUCAUUGCCUGCGCGCUGUUUGCGUGCAUCGCUGGGCCCAGCAGCCCGAGACGCGGGAACAAUGGCAACAGUUGCUCCAAAGCGCCUUGGCCACCAUUAUUGAUCUAACCAAAACGGCCGGCGAUCAGGAGGAACGUAAAGUGGAUGAGGUUACCAUGCUGCUUGCUAUUGCCGUCUUUAUCCUACACACACCCGCAACUGUUGUCUCGGCUCCCUCUUUGCAAUAUCCUUGCAUUAAUCACUUCCGCCAGUGCCUGCAGUCGGAGCAUCUGUCGGUUAAGCUUAAGUGCAUUGAGACCACACGUUCCAUUUUUAGUCAAGCAGAGCUCAAGACAGCCACGCCUUAUAUACAUGCCCUAGCGCCGCGCAUUAUUGAAUCUCUGUAUGCCGAGUCGAGCAAGACACCCUGUAGCGAACUGGAACUGCAGUUUACCCUUGAAAGCAUUAUCACAGUGGAGCAGCUAAUUGAUCUGGCAGAGCCGCAGCAUCGAAACUUGCUUCAAGAUAUACAAAUGCUGACGCUGCUAGUGCCUGUCCUAAUUGGUUACCUGGCGGAUGCGAGUAAGCUACGCUCUUUGCCCAAAUAUCAACGACAGCUGCAUGAGCAAUCGCUGCAAUGGCUGCUUAAGAUUGGACCCAAAUAUCCGCAAGAGUUCAAGACAUUGGUGGGCCAAAAGCCCGAGCUCCGUCAAAAACUGGAGGGAGCCAUACGCAAUCAACAGCAGUCCAUUAAUAUGGCACAGAAAGCCAGUGAGGCGCAACGCAAUGGCAACUUGGCCAAGCCACAGAAGCCCAGCAUUAAGCUGAAGACGGAUUUUAGCAAUUUCCAAUAAGAAGUCCAUUUAUACAU